ACGGCACGCUACGCUAGAUCACGUGACAAUUUCUCAAAGCGCUGAUUGGCUCUCUGGGUGACACUUGACGUACAGAAUCAGCGGCGGGAGUUUGAUGCCGGUGGAGGAGAGAUGGACGAGAGGAGUACGAAGAUCGUCCUGUGGCUGAAGAAACUUUUUGGCGAUAAGGUGCUGCCGCCCUAUGAGGUGAACACCCGCACGGUGGAUCUGCUCCAUCAGCUGGCGGAGUGGAAUGAAGCUCGGGAUAAGGAUUUAACCCUUGUCUUAGAGGACCAGAAACUGAAGGCUGCUGAGAUCAAAGCUGAAGCCGGGUGCCUGCAGGAGCUCCUUACAGAUAGUCUGGGUCCCUCCUAUACCAACCUGUCACGUAUGGGCAACACUUACCUGAACCAACUAGUUGACAGCUGCCUCGCCUUAGAGAUCAAGGAUUCGUCGCUGGCCAGCUAUAUUCCUGCUGUCAAUGAGCUGAGUGCUGAUCUGGUGAGCACUGAGAUCAGUAACCAGGAGCUGGAAUCAGAGCUGACCAAUAUGAGACAGAAAUUAACCAACGCUGUGGUGCUUGAGAAGACCCUGGAACAGGAUCUCAAAAAAGCAGAGGAACAGUGUAAUAUGGAUAAGGCCAAAGCCGAAGUCAGAGCACAAAACCUCAAGAUACUGAAAGACAAAUCUGAGGAAUAUAAAUAUAAGAUCCAGAUGGCUAAGGAUCAGCUGACAUCAGCAGGCCUGGAGGACUCCUUAACCCAUCGGUCUCUGGUAUCUCUUUCUGAGACACUGACAGAACUGAAGAAACAAUCCACGGCUGCAAAGGAGAAGCUGAAAUCUUACCUGGACUUGGCGCCUAAUCCAUCCCUGGUAAAGGUGAAGAUUGAAGAAGCGAAGCUGGAGCUUAAAGCGACCGAGGACGAGCUGAAUAUGAAAGUGGACAUGAUGGAGUUUGUGUUACCAGAGCAGAAGAGACGCAUUACAUAAACCUUUUGUCGUAUGAACAGAACUGUAUAGAUGCAUAACCUGCCGCAGGUUCAAGGAGUUUGUAUUAUACUCUGGCUCCUCCUCCAGCGACUAUUUCAGCCACAGGGGAUGAUGUGGCGUUGCCGCUUUUACCGCUGUCGUAAACCCGUUUGCCAAAUAUAAGCUCCGCUUUCCUGUCAGGUGCUGGGACAGGUGGUAGUGGGUAUAUACAAUUCCUGCCCAGUUUAGUGUCAUUGUUGUGACUGUGUAUACCAGUGCUUUCCAACCAGUGUACCUACAGCUGCUGCAAAACUACAACUCCCAGCAUGCCCGGACAGCCAACGGCUGUCCGGGCAUGCUGGGAGUUGUUGUUUUGCAACAGCUGGUGUAUACUGUGUGAGCACUUUCACUGUUACCUAUACAUUGCAGUAAACAGGACAUAAACAAGACUUGUGCUGCCAGUGUAUUUACUAGAGAUGAGCGAACUUACAGUAAAUUCGAUUCGUCACGAACUUCUCGGC